GUUGACUGAAAUGUCAUGAGGCACAUGACUAUACUCAAAUUAGGAUAAUUUGAGGAGGGUUUAACAAAAGGGCCUACUUACAAAGAUGUGGGCUCUAGGGAAACCCCAAAUGAUGUUGUAGUACUCUAUAGCCGUUAUCAACCCCCAUCUGGGAUCAGGGGAGGGAGAGGUUACGGGAAGUCUGAAGACAAAGUCUGGGAUGGAGGGCUGCCCUCGUAGGUGCUGUGACCUCUGGUUAAGUGAUGAAAGCAGUCCGCUGGAGGGGGAGCUGGGAGGAAAGAAAUAACCUCACCCCGAAGAUGUACCUCACUCUCUCCCCCUGAUCACCUGCUGGGUUCUCUGUUGGCUGAACCCACCAAAACUCAGAGAGCCAAGGAGUCUGCUGAUGUGGUUCCUCCAAGUCAGUCACCCGAUGGGCACAGCGGAGAGCAGACCCAGAGGCCAACAGAUUGUAAGCCCUCCAUGAAUGCUCCAGGUAUGUGAACUUGAACAAGCUGCGGAAUUGCUCUGAGCCUCAGUUUUCUUCUUAUAAAAUGAGGCAAUCAUAGUUAUCCGGCUAAGUUAGUUUAGGGGCAGAGAGUAUAUGUAAAUUACCUUUAAUGAUAGGUGGCAUUUCAUAUAACAGCUACUAUUAUUAUUAUAAUUGCCACCACCAUUGUCAUCUCAACCAACUCCUAACGUAGAGGUUCACAGGCCAGUAGGGAAAGAGAUAAGAUGUUCAAGAAGCAUUUUAACUGUUUUAGAAUAAACAUAGCAUCUUACAUAAACGUAUUUGUGUAUACACUUUAACCUAAACUCUAAUAGUGAAUAAGACAAAACUCCCAUCUCCUAUGAUAUAUUUUCACUUUUCCUUCCUACUUGCUGGGGAUGAAAAAGAAAAUUAGUAAACUACCCCAAUUUGAAUCCCAUUCUCCUGCUACCUACCUCAAGAAGGAGAAUUUAAAGAUAGGGAAAAUGGCCAAAAGAGUAUUUGGCAGGUGAUAGCAUUGUGAUAUAAUAAAUGUGCCCACAUCUGUAAUUUCUCUUUUCUAUAUUAUUAGGGAUUAUAAGGGAGGAUUUAUAAAUAUAAUAGUAUAGAUAAUAGUGUAUAUAUAGAUAGUAUAGAUUACUAUGUUUUAUGUAUAAGUAUGAUUUAGAUCAUAAGUUAGGUACAAAGCCAAAUGGAAACAUCUUAAAAAUUCAUCUCGGAGAAAGUUCAAAGGGAAUCUGUUCUCUUUGCAAGAAAGAAAUCUGCACCUUCGAGGUCCUGGGGACACCAGCAAUAGCUUGCUGAUUUUGAAAGAAAUUCCUACUCAUUCCUUAUGACAGGCACUCUGUGCUGUCUGCGUGGAUAAGACUCCUGGCUGUGAAUAAAACCAGGUUGGAGGUUUUGCUACAGUUUAUCGUAUUACACCUAUGAAUAAUUCAUAAGCCAUCUGUUGACCAUAAAGCCAGUUAAGGAAUUCUAAUAAAUGCACAAUUUCCACUUCCUAGGGUAAAGCAGCAUUGACAUUUACAACCUUCCUGAGCAAUAAAAUGCCAGUAAAAAUAUAACUGACAGUUAUAGGUCUUUGCUAUUUCUAAGCAUUAAUCACCUCAAAGCACAGUAUCAGGCAUCUGCAUUUCCAGGACUGUUAGCUACAAAAUGUUGGCAACAUGUUAAACUUGAAUUACUUCUUAUAAUAUCUGAUAUUCACAUGAACAAGACUUAAUGACUCACAAAGACAAUUUGGAAUAAAUAUAGACAUUCACCCUGGAAUUUUCUCUGUCAGUGCCAAUAAUUAUUAACAAUACUAGUUUCUUCUCUGAGGUAGUAAUUUUUGGCAGUUUAGUUCUUAUUCAGAAUGUACUGAAGAUGUGAUUGUUAUUAGUACCACUAUCUUUCCCAGCAUAUAAUUAUUCACGUAUUAACUUAACUUCUUUUUUGUGGGGUGAAAAUUACACCAUAUCAGCAAAGGGAUAUGAUUUCACAGUAUCGCUGACACAAAGUGAUUUUAACAUGGAGCUAAUCUUUGUUAUGAUUCUGAGUUACUUUCAAAAAUCAUAAAUAUUGCCUUUUAUGACAUCCUGAUCACACUGGAAAAAAAUAAGGAAAUAAAUAUACUUUAAAAAGUAUCGAACCCCAAUCAGAUUUUUGGUAUUUUGAUAUUUUUGUUUUGAACAAUCUCUCUCAUUGUUUUUUGACGUAGGGACGUGUUUUGAUGACGUUUGGGCAGAUGAAAAUGAGAAUGCACGAGAAGCCCCCAUAAAUGGGUUAGGAAACAGGGAUAAGUGGUGUACAAACCUCAGACCUUGUUGCUAACUUGCCAGUUACUUCUCUUUCCUCCCCUCAGUAUUCUUUUGUGAAAUGAGAGAAUGGACCCUGCUUUUCACAGUGGCUGUGGAGCUAGGUACCACUGGUGAGCAUCUCCCUUGGACUAGAAAAAAAUCCAUGCCCUGAAGAUCUGGAUUUUAGCUCUUGUUUCAACGGACUUAAGUAAUGUGACUCUGUUUAUUGGACUGUCUUUAUAUCUUGAAAGUAAAGAUAGUAAAAUGCAUAUAUAGUAAGACUCUAUUUUUAUAAAUAAGUGGAGAAUGUGUAUAUGUGUGUUCGUAUUGAUUUUAAAAGAUCUGGAGAGAAUAUUGCUAAAUAUUGAAAAUUAUUAUCUCUGCGUGACUUUUUUCCUUCUUUUCUACUUUUUUUCUAAAUUUCCCUUAAAAAUAAAAACUAUUUUAAUUAAAAAAAAGGUGGUAAUAAGUAAAAAUGCUCACUUCCCUUCUUGCCUUAACCACUAAUGAACACAUCCAAAGAAAGUACUAUAGAAGUUUGACAGAGAAGGUGUGCGUUUAGAGGGAGUCCAUGCCAAGGACUGGAAAGGGGGCAAAGGGGGCAGGUACCCGCUUAGUCAGCACACUGAGGGCAGAUCUCUCAAGGGGAGACUCACCUGAACCAGGCUCCCAAAAACUGAGAGGUAAGUCAGAGCACACGGGCCCCAGUUGACGAUGGAACUGUUACCACCUCUUGGACAAGGAUGCCCCUGUUGACACGACAUGCAUUCUCUGCCCUCCUAGAUCUAGCCCUGAUGUUUGUUCGGUGCACAUAGAGCCAGGGCAGGGCCCACUCUCACAGGCUGAUCGCCUUUGGCAUCCAUCUCCAUGGGAGGGAUGUACUGCCCCUGUUAGAGUGUUUGAUAUGAGGACUUUUGUUUAAACAUGGCUAGGAUGAAGCUAGCCUUGUGAAAUGGAGAUCUGCAUAGAACAUAUUAAUAUGGAAAGAAUAAAAUCCACAAACCUUGAGGCUCUUUUACUUCUCUGUCAACCUUUAUUCUUCCAUCCUUUGCACCUUCUGACAUCUUUCUGUGUACUUUCUUCAGACCCAGCCUUCCAGGCUUCUUGUAUAAAACUCUUUCCUCCUCUUUCCCAGACGGUCAGUGCUGGUCAUCACCUUCCAAUACAGGGUUCAGCUUUUCCCUCUUUUGUGUUUGCCCAAGAAUUCAUUCAUUUGUCAAUGUAUGUGGAGCCUCUAUUGUUUAUGUCCUAGGUCCUGGGCAGGGUAGAUGUCUUCAUGGGCUCAUAAAAGUAACCUCCGUUGGUUAACAAAAAGGCUCUCAAACCUUAUCUCAACGGGACUCCUUAGAGAUGAGUUCGCUGUGUACUUAGAACUGUUAACCUCAGUCCUCCAGGUGUGGUUCUAGAUUCAAGCUUGGUACCAUGUUGCUACUGAUGAGGGCUGGUACGAAUUGAUACCCUUGAAUUGAGACCUGGGCUGGCAUACAAUGCAUCCAUUAAAUUAGUGAUGGCUAUCAUAGUCCUCACGUUUAAAAAGAAAAAUUCAGACAAGCUGUAUUUUGUACAUUGGUGUAUGUCAGACCCUUGUGACACUGGAGGUUUUGUUUUCCCUGAGCAAGAGUGCUGGUAUAAAGUCACUGAACAGGUAGCAACUCAGUUUGAGAAAUUAAGGUUAUCAGUGGGUGAUGAACACCGUGGACAUUGGGGUAUCUGCCCUGUGGAGUUUGGUUGGUGUCACCCACAGCAGUCUGUUUUAUCUGCCUGUUGUUAGGUGACCUUGCAGUUGUGCAAAGUGAGUUACAAUCCCUCCUUGAUUAAGUGCAUCUGUCUCUCUUACAUUGUAAAAAUAACCGUGGACUCUAUGUUCCGCCUAGGAUUGUGAUUCCUCAAUGCCAUAUGUUUGUGUUGUCAUAAACAGUCUUCCCAGAAAUUUGGCACAAGCCUGGCCACAUGCUGAUUGGGAUAGGACUUCUUAGCAAUCACCGAGAAAUCAGUUCUGACUCCAGCCUUCAUCACUGAAUUUGAGCUUAAUGCCCUAAAUCUAUAGUGGGAGCUCCAUAAUCUUGUCAAAGACAUUUAUUUGGAUGAAAAGUGUUUCAUAACUUAUAUUUGUGUUUUAUGGAACUCUGUAUUGAUUUUUUUAAAAUGUUACAAGAAUGCUCAUGUAUGUCACCUAGAUCCUGAGUCUCUUUUAUGUUCUAAGUUGUGGCAUUUUCCCAUUUCAUAUGACUUUUGAUCCAGGAGUUGCUUAUUACCCCACUUUUGAAAAAUGGUAUGAAAUAGGAGGAAAUUACACAGGGGGAGCAGGAGACCUUCUUUAGAAAUGGGCCAUGGGCUCAUUGAACAUCAAUGUUGACUGCUGAAUGAAAACACACUCAAUAGCUACAGAAUGCUUAAGACCUAAAGUUUCUCAUAUACUAGAGCUUUGUGAAACAGUCAACCCAGAUUUUUAAUGAGUUUGUCCCUCUCGGGAUUUGCCGUGUUUAGUAAUUAAAACUAAGCAGCUACCUUGCCAAAUAUGGUCGGAUGAACAACCUUUUGUCAAACAUUUUGCUGGAGGAUGAGGCAGCAUUUGAUUUCAUGGCAUUUAAUAGGUAAUUUUUAAAUGGCCAGUAAAUUGGCAAUUGAUUAUGUUUUCGAAUGAACACAGCCACUACAGAAAUACUUGUCCCCUUUAAUUAGCAUCAACCCAUGAUAUUUUCGCAAUGAAAAUUAACAUUAGUGGUGAAAAUAUUUUUAUAAGAUCUGUUUAAAGUAUUCAGUGCAUGGGGAUCACUGUGCUUGGUGCUAAGGAAACAAAGGUGGGGAGGCGGCAGUUGGUCAAGGAAUCACAGAAGGAGGCUUGAAAUUACAACUGUAGCACUGGUGAUGAAGGAGAAGGGUCAUAAUGCUGCUCAGGAUGGGUUCUCUAGAAGCAGAGCCUGAGAUCAAGAUUUGGAUGCCCAGGAUUUCUUGGGGGAGCGCUCUUAGGAGAGGAGGAGUGUCCAAAUCAGGCUGAGGCAGGGGUGAGGCCUCAGCUGGACUGAGUGUCAGCCUGAUCUCAUGGGGAGUUCUGGAGAAUGCUUUGUACCACAAAGUUGCCCCACCUUAAGGCAAGGAAGGGACUGGCCUUUGGCAGUCUCCCCUACCCUGAACUCGUCAGACAUUAACCGAGGUCUGCCCUGGGGUGGAUGGGUAUGGCCCCUGGGCAAGGGGGCUUCGGAAAGACCAAGGGCAAUUUCCCCAAGAAGGAGGGCAGCAACUGAGAAUAUGAAAGCAUCGAGUUGUGAAGGGCCCUUGGUGCAGCACCAACAGCACCCACUAUAGAUGCUAAGAGAAUAUGUAGUACAAUGUUCCUCUUUGUUCAAAACCCUCUGAUGGCCUCCAUAUCACUCAGGGAAAGAGCCAAAUCUCUGAAAAGGCCUGCCAAGGCCUGUGGGACCUAGUGCCCACUCUGACCUCAUCUCAUAGAUGUCUUUGCGUCAGUGCUCAUUGUUCAAUGUGAUCCUCAUUGUUGCUCUGGUUAACCUUGUCCCAGCUGAAUUUUAAGUUAUCUUUUCUAUUUAAACAGCAGCAUAUAUUUUGGGUAUUCUUUCACAUUUCAUCAGUAUAUGUCGAGGAACCCAGUUUUGUUGUCCUACAUUUUUAUUUCAAAGAUCUAUAAGUGCCCUAGAAUUUUGGUUUUAAGUUAAAACUUGACAUAUGGUAUGACUUUUCUGGCUCCAGAGAAAUCUUGUUUCUUUCACCAACAUGAUCAGAAUUACUACCUCCAUUUGAAAUUGGCCCAGGGUUCAAGAUAGAAGAAAAGAGAGUCUUUGAGGUCAUUUUUAAAAAAAUUUCAUACAGAAAGAUUGCUAGAUGCAGUGGGCUUCCUUAUUUGGUCUAUAUCCUUGCCUUGCCUUUUACAUCUGCCUUUCUUUCCACAUUUAGGUUUGUUUCUUGGAUCUCUGCUGUCUGAGCUCUUUUCACAACUUUUUCAAUAUUAAUACUUCUCUUUAUUAUUUAGUAUCUAUUAAUUUUUUUCCUCUGUGCACUCUUCAUGUUUCUGCAUUCUAUUUUCACACUCGCUUUCCAUUAUGUAACAAAUCAAGGGAGGUUAUCGAAAUCUAGUUCCUUGUCAAAAUAACAUGCUGCCUCCUACUUUACUCACUAUGCAUGUUGUUGGGGUCUUGGUGCAGAGAGGCCCUCUGUUGAUGACAUUAUAAUGCUUCCUUUGAGAUGUUUUGAAUCAUUUUCAUUAUCAACCUGGCUGCUAGAUCUGAAACACUGCCAAGUUCCUGAAGAGGCAAUUUUAUCUGACAAGUUUUCCAAUGCAGGAACGUAUGUUAUUUAUAAGAUAUAGAUCUGAGGACUAAUUUAACGUCGGAGAUUAGAACACAUCAGCAAAUGUUUAUGGAGGGCCCACUGUGUGCCAGCCAGGGCCUGGAGUAGGGGGCACUUCUGGCACAAAGGAGAGCUCAGGAAAUACAUAUAGGUUGAAUAAAAGUGAACUGGCUGGGUUGGACAAUACAAAGGUAAACAAAACACGGGUUUGAAGGGGAAGUGGACCUGCAAACACAUGAUUAUAGUAAACUGUAAUAUGCCUCAAUUUUAUCAUCUAUAAACUAGGGACAGGACCUACCUUCUGAGAGUAUUAAAAGAAAUGAUGCAUUUUGUAAAGUGCUUAACAGACUCAUGAAUUUAACAAUGUUAGAGCACUAUUUAGUAGAGAUAUAUACAGAACAGGGAGAAAGUAACUGAUUCUGUAGAGAGUGGUGGGUGGAUAAGUAAAUCCAAGAAGAGUUAAUAGAGUUGGUACCUGAGAGUCGAAUAAGGUUUAGCGGAUCUACCCAUCCAUUCGUGGUCUGUGUUGGCAGCAACACUCAUGCCUGUUGGUGGCAUCGUAUAUGUUUACGUAGGAUGAGAAAUUGGACCCCUGUCGAUAAGUUUGAUCCCCUAAUAUUGAUUGACAUUUUUGUUAAUGGAAUUGCCAGUUUUAUUACCGAAGGAAAUUACCACAGGAACCACUUACAACUGCAGUUAAACAUUAUUUACAAAUAUUCCAUGGCCUUGAUUGUGUUCAGCAAUAGUACUUGCUAAUCAUUGUAUUUCAGAAGCCCAGGGCCUGCCAAGUCUCUUGGGAAUGACACAAAAUAUUUUUGUAACAGAUUUAGUAAUUUCAGCAUCAUAAAAUAUUCACUAGUGAAAACUAACCAGUAAAUAUUAUUAAUCCUAAAAAAAUAUUUUAAAGGAGGGAAUGUGUGUUUUUUCAGUUCUGCUCUACAAUUUUUUUUUAAUUGUUGCCUAAAUCAUGAUCCUAAUUACUAGGCCUCAUUUCCCCUGAAAAUGGAAACUUAAAGACACUUUCUGCUGUCUUUAGUUUAGUUUAGUUUAGUUUGUCUAAGGCAAAAAUAUAUCAUGAUGCAUUGGCAACAACUCCUCCAAGAUUAUUUACCCAGUAAUGUCAAUCUCCUAGAUAAGAGGAUAUGUCAGCUCCAUUUUCCAUAAGUUUGGUCUGUCUAGAGUAAUAUAGAAAAGCAUUUAUUGUGAUGAUGAAUGGGUAUUAAGUGUUUAACUAAAGAUUAGAAAUAUUUAAAACCUAUAGCAAUCAUAGAAACUUAUUUCUUCAGAAAUCCUUUUGAAAUUUUACUUUCGACGAAGCUUAAUCCAUAACCAAACACCAUUGCUAAAUAUAAACCUGAAAUACAGGUUUCUGAUAUUUGAAAAGGUGGGCCUGGAUUACGUUUCAGCCUUUCUGUGAUCCGGUUCCUUUAUCCCUGCCAGCGCCUGUGCUGUAUACGGGAAACUAAAUUCAACAUCGUCAGGAAAAUGUGAAGUAGUACUGCAAUGGAAGGAAGAGUCUAAAACAAAUCAAAGCAAAAGCGAGAUGAAGCAGAAGCUGGAUGAGGAGGGCAGCAAAUGCAGCAUCCUCUCGAAGCACCAGAAGUUCGUGGAGCACUGCUGCAUGCGCUGCUGCUCACCCUUCACCUUCCUCGUCAACACAAAGCGCCGGUGUGGGGACUGCAAGUUCAACGUCUGCAAGAGCUGCUGCUCCUACCAGAAGCAUGAGAAGGUGUGGAUCUGCUGCGUCUGCCAGCAAGCGAGGCUUCUGAGAACCCAGUCUCUGGAAUGGUUCUACAAUAAUGUGAAGAGCCGUUUCAAACGCUUUGGCAGUGCCAAGGUCCUGAAGAACCUGUACAGGAAACACCGGUUGGAGAGUGGAGCGUGCUUCGACAUUCUAGGAGGAAGCUUUUUUGAGGCGAACCUGGAGAAUGAAGGAAGUAUUUCAGGCAGCGAUUCAACAUUUUACAGACAGUCAGAAGGACAUAGCAUGAUGGACACAUUGGCUGUCGCCCUACGGGUGGCUGAAGAGGCCAUCGAGGAGGCAAUUUCCAAAGCAGAAGCCUAUGGGGACAGCCUGGACAAGCAGAAUGAGGCCAGUUACCUGCGGGACCACAAGGAGGAGCUGACUGAGGAACUGGCCACAACCAUCCUGCAGAAGAUCAUAAGAAAACAGAAGAACAAAAGCGAGCAGCAGGUGGAAGAAGAGCCAGAGUGGUCCCAGCCCCAGAGCUGCAGUGCCAAGGUAGCUGGCGAGGGGACCAGAGCCUCCCCAGGAGGCCACCAAGCUUCCACCACCCUCUGGCGGUCCCAGUCUGCGUUCUCACUCACCAGAGAAGAUGCCCUGAAGACCUGUUCGCUGGAGGCUACAUCGAGGCAGCCGAUGGACCAGAGCCAGCAGCCAAGGGAGGAGUCGGCCUUGCCCAGCUGGAAGAGCGUGGACAGACUGGAGGAGACAAACCUGGCCCCGGUUUUACAGAGCCCUGAUGGGAACUGGGUGGCCCUGAAGGAUGGAGCUCUGCCCCCCACCCGCCUACUGGCCAAACCUAAGAGUGGCACGUUCCAGGCCCUGGAGGCGGCCUCCAGUGUGGCAUCCGCCUACGAUGAGAUGGGCUCUGACAGCGAAGAGGACUUUGACUGGAGUGAGGCAUUGAGCACGCUGUGCCCGCGGCCCCGGGGCUUGCCCAGGAACACCCAGCCUCUGCCCAUGCAGGCCCAAGGCUCAGACCAAGGCCCCUCAGCUGCCUCCGCCUCUUCUGGGCUCUCCCCCAACCUCGAGGCCAUGUGCUCCGACUCAGAGACCUCCUCAGCAGGCUCUUCCCGGGAAGCUGGGCACCGGGCCAGACUGUCCUGGUUACAGAGGAAGGCCCCCAGGAACCCCGCAGCCGAGACGAUGAGCCUACAGGGAGAGCUAGACGUGAACUUCAACCUCCAGGCAGCCAGCAGGGAGACCUCGGACAGCAGUGAGCCUGAGGAAGCCCCCCACGCUGCAGACCGGCGGGCCAGGAGGUGGAGAAGGGCCCGAGGGGGCUCAGAGGAGCCAAGCAAGGAAUUAUCUUCCCCCAAUGCCCAUCCGCUGGAGCUGGACACACAUCAGGUGUCGGGUGAUUUAUCGGAGACUGACAUCAGCAGUGAGUCUCAGCACCCCCGGACCGGCACAGACACCACGGAGGAGAAACAGAGAAACAGGCUGUACGAGUUAGCAAUGAAAAUGAGCGAGAAGGAGACUUCUUCAGGGGAAGAUCAGGAGUCCGAGCCCAAGACAGAGUCUGAGAACCAGAAGGAAAGUCUGUCGUCUGAAGACAACAGCCAGAGCGUGCAGGAAGAGCUGAAGAAGAAGUAUUCUGCUGUUUCUCUCUGCAACAUCUCCACAGAAGUCCUGAAAGUUAUCAACGCCACAGAGGAGUUGAUAGCAGAGUCUGCAGGGCCCUGGGAGUUCCCACCUGUCCCUCCUGACAGAGAGAAGGAGACAUUUCCUCUUGGGACAGACCAAGUGAGACUGGAUGAGCAGCUGACUUCCCUGGAAGAAAAUGUGUACCUGGCAGCAGGCACCGUGUAUGGACUCGAAGGCCAGCUGAAUGAGCUGGAGGAUGCUGCCCGCUGCAUCCACAGUGGCACUGAUGAAACCGAACUGGCAGAUCUGGAGGACCAGGUGGCCACAGCUGCAGCCCAGGUUCACCAUGCUGAGCUCCAGAUUUCUGAUAUUGAGAGCCGGAUUUCAGCCCUGACCAUUGCAGGAUUAAACAUAGCACCGUGUGUGCGCCUCACCAGAAAACGAGAUCAGAAGCAAAGGAACCAGGUACAAACCAUAGACACAUCAAGGCAGCAGAGGAGGAAACUGCCUGCUCCACCAGUGAAAGCUGAAAAAAUUGAGGCACCUUCAGUGACCACAAUUAAAACAUUUAACCGUAACUUCAUUCUCCAAGGCUCCUCAACAAACAGGACUAAAGAAAGGAAAAACACCACCAAGGAUUUGAUGGAGCCCAGCCUGGAGUCUGCUGUGAUGUAUUAG